AUUUGUGUCUGUGGUACUGGAAACCCUGCUGCUGUUGCUGAGGCUGAGUGAACAGCACUGUUGGUGGAAAAAGCCCUGUUGCCGAUUUUGCUGAGCAGACUGAAUGCAUAUCGAAAUACUUUGAAGUCGGGGAAUAUCCCCACGUUUUUGUUUAGGAUGAGCAUGGAAGAUUAUGACUACCUGUUCAAAAUUGUACUAAUAGGAAAUGCUGGUGUUGGGAAAACCUGCCUAGUCCGCCGCUUCACUCAGGGCCUUUUCCCGCCUGGACAAGGGGCUACCAUAGGAGUUGACUUCAUGAUCAAGACUGUGGAGAUCAAAGGGGAAAAAGUCAAGCUGCAGAUCUGGGACACAGCAGGCCAGGAGCGUUUCCGUUCCAUCACCCAGAGUUACUACCGGAGUGCCAACGCCCUCAUCCUCACCUAUGACAUCACAUGUGAGGACUCCUUCCGGUGCCUUCCAGAAUGGCUGAGGGAGAUUGAGCAGUAUGCCAACACCACCGUGGUCACUAUUUUAGUCGGUAAUAAGAUUGACCUAGCUGAGAAGAGGGAAGUCCUGAGGCAGAGAGCUGAAGAGUUUGCGGACUCCCAGAGCAUGCUGUACCUGGAGACGUCAGCCAAGGAGUCUGACAACGUGGAGAAGCUCUUUCUGGAUCUGGCCUGCGAGCUGAUCCGCGAAGCCAAACAGAACACGCUGGACAACAAUGACACAGCGAACGCUACGCCCGGAGAGGGAAAGGCCAUCAGCUACCUGGGCUGCUGCGGCACAAACUAGUCCGGACGCCAGAGAGCUGGGGGGGGGGGUCGCGUUCAUUCCUGUUCAUAAAGGACACCAAACACCAACAAGUGGGGUUCUUAUCAGACAGAUUUAGCUCAGUACCUUUCCGGGUUACCCUCUGUUUUGGGACGUUUUUUCUUCCGUUUUAAUGCCUAUUGAACGCGACCCUGAGCUGUAGUGUGACCAGCACACUAGCUGUAAAAUAGAUCUGACACAGUGGAGUAGAGAUGGCAGGAUGCCUCUGUCUGUCUGUGCCAGUCCAGACUCCAUGGUGCCACUGUCAGUCCCGAGUCCCUCCAUGCCUUUUACCCUCAAAACAGAACAAGGAUCUGAUCUGUCCAAUCACCACCUUGUUGUUUUUUAUCCUCCUGAAGAAUAUAAAUAUGUUCAGAGGAUGCAAUACAAGCUGCUGCCACUAGAUGGGAGUACAGAGCUUUAUCCCUGGUGCAACGGGAUUGAACACACUGUACUGUAGGCCUUGUUGCAAGCUGAUGUGUCAUUGGGAGUUUUCAAAGGAAAUCUUAGGAAGGUUCAAUGAGUUAAAUGUAUUCAUGCACCAUUCAUUUCAUUCAACGGGAAAAAUAUGGUUGUGCCUCCUGUUCUGGGGGUUGGUGGGUAAGAUUAAAAUGAAACUCCAGGAGAAGUCACUAGUUGCUAGUUACCUGAUUUUAAAGCACUACAAUUAUUUCCUCACAGACAGGAGGACAUGUACAGCCCAUUCAAGUUUUUAAUUUGUCAACAAUGAUCUGAAUGAGAUUGAAUAGUUAAAUGCGUUUGCUGUGUGGGGAUGGUAAAAACCACCCAACCACUUAACAAAAAAUACAAUUCAGACACUUAUGCAUUUAAAAUUUGAUUCAUGCUACACGAAAUUGUUUGUUCGUUAGCUAUUGUGUCCUACCCCUACAAUGCACAUGCUUUGAUAUAGUGAUAUUAUACACCCUUUCAAUUUAGGCUUCCUCAGUUGACCUAUUGGUUAUUGAAUAAUUGAUUGGCGCCAUCAUUACAGUAUUGAAAGAAAUGAAAAGCCAAUUUACCAGAAGUGAUCCGUUUUUGGGGUUUUGUGUUUGUUUCCUCAUCAGUUCACUUCAUGUCCCGAGAGCUCACGGUAAAAAGUUCAAAUUCCUUCUAGUAGUAUACUGCCUGUGUGGUUUAAUUCAUUUCAAACCUUAUCAUUAUAAAAUUGAUUGCAUAUAUA